AUGGCCGGUAAUCUAACUGCGGUCUUCCACCCUCUGUUUAGGACCGUCAUUCGCCGGAAUGCUGUCUUCUUGACCACCAUCUUCGCCGGUGCCUUCGCCUUUGAGCUGUCCUUCGACACUGCUUCCAACAAGAUCUGGGACGCCUGGAACUCUGGCCGUCAAUGGAAGGACAUCAAGCCCCGCUACCUCAAGCAGGGUGACGAGGACGAUGAGUAG